UGGAGAAGCGAAGUGAAAGAGAGAGCAGAUCAAAUCAUCAAACGAUGGGCGCAUGUUACAAAGCACAGAUUACCCAUCUCCUUUCUUCACCCAAUCCGCACGCUAAAACCCUAAAACCUCCAUUGUUGAACCCUGCAACCUCCACUACCACCACCACCACCAGGCGCUUCCUCCUCUUUUCCCUUUCCAGCAGCUACAGUCUUGCCUGCCUUGGCGCCGGUAAAUUACUUCAGUCGGGUUUAAUGGACGCUUUGGCUUCGAGUUUUGAUCCGGUGAGCCAGGCUGAGAAAGACGCCAGCGCCGCCGUCAGUCGCAGAGUAUCUGAAGCGGUGGAAUUGUUGGAGAGAGGGAAGGAGUUGCAGGCUCAGGGUGACUUCCCCAAAGCCUCUUCUCUUCUUUACUUCGGUGGUUGAAAAUUAUAAAGAUUUUGCAUUCUCGGACUAUGCAAGAGUAGGGAGGGCAUUGGCCUUAUACGAGGUUGGGGACAGAGAUGAAGCCAUUGCAGAGAUGGAGGAUGUUUCAAUAUCCCUAAAGGGAUAUCCAGAAGUACAUGCAGCUCUUGCCGCGGCCUUGUACACCGACAAACACGCGCCGCUGCUCGCAGAAAAUCAAUUCGCGAUCGCGACUCUGCUCGAUCCUCACUUCACAGACCUAUCGUACGUGAUUGAAACCAAGCAUUGGCCUCCCAGCUUGGUUAGUUCUUUGCAACAUUUCAUCACACUUUCAUAGAGAAUUUGUCAUACAGAACAU